CUAUGCAGUAUAACUAUUUUAGAUUUUAGACACAGCAUAAGAAAAUAAUGAUCAGUUAUCAUGAAUCAAAAUCUUUAUUCUUUGAAUAUUGAUCUCAGAAAUUUUUCCAGGAUAGGUAUUCCUGGUUGUACCAAUAUGUGAAAUUAACUUGGCAUAAUUCAACAAACAUUCAAUAUUUGAUUUGAUAGUUAUUGAAUGAUUACUUUUUUCUAUUAAAAUAAAUGAAUGUGAUAUUAAUUAACUGUAUUUGAAAUAAUAUAAUUAGAUUUUUUUUCAUAAAUGUUAGAAUAUUCAUUUAAAAUGAAAUAUAGCCCAUUGCUUUUUCAGAGGUUAUAAUCUUGUGUUUUAACAAGUUUAAUUUACAGACUGAUUCUAAAUUUUCAGUUAUAGUUUUAAGGCAAGACACAAACUACAGUAUUAAAAUAAAUGUUGUAUUAUAGCUGCUCAAGAUAUGGUAAAAUGGGCUACGGCUGAUGAAAACAGGGCAAUUCAAGACAUUAUGAGCCAGUUAGCUGAACUGAAUAUUUUAUGGACAGAUGUUCAAAGAGAUUUUAUAGAACAAAUAAAACUAUUCAAGCAUCAGUUUGAGAUGAUUCUUGAAGGAGAAAGACAAAUUGAUCAAGCCCGAAAUCAUUUGGUAAGUUUAAUAAGUUUGUUUUGUAGUGUUGAUAAUUCAAAUUAAUAAAUUUUUAUUAUGAACAUUAAUUUAUAUAAUUUGGAAAUUUCUUAUUUUAACAUUUUAAAAAUUAGUAAACAAAAUAACUGCUUAAUUAAUACAUCUGUAGAUAUGUUAACUGCUUAGUUCAUAAACUAAGCAGUUAACAUAUCUACAGAUGUGUUAAUUGAGUUGUAAACUGAGGAUGAUCAGAUGUUUGGACAAAAUAUCUCUUUUCAUAAAAUUAUUGGUUGCCUGAAUUAAGUAAUUAUUUUUUUUAUGAAUAU